AUGGCGGAUCCAGCACAAUAUACCCACGUCAAUCAACCUCCUCCCCCUGCCUCGGCCCAGUUCGACCCCAGAUCCUUUUACAUUUCAGCCGCCUCGAAAUCAGACAUCCACGCCUCGCCACUGCCCAAGCCGCGUCAUGUUUUCACAGCGCCCGUGUCAUACCACCCGCCCCUGGCGCUGUCGGCGUUUCGCCGCGCCCGCAUCUCCUUGGUCUACACGCCCACACAGCAAUACGACCAUGCCGGGCUAGUCAUGGUCCUUUCGGGAGCACAAGACGGCGGCAGCAGCAGCAGCAGCAGCAGUGGCGAAAACGAACAACAACAACAAGGACGACAGCAUGGAUCCUCCCCACCAGCCGACGCCAAGCAUGUAGACAGGUCAACGUCUUGGAUCAAGGCCGGCCUCGAGGCCAAGGACGGCGCCGUAUACCUGAGCGUAGUCGUCCGGGCUCCGGGCGGCGCCUGGUGCGACUGGUCUCUGCACGUGCUGCGGCCGAGCGCCGCCGGCGAUGCGCCCUUUUCCUCGUCCAACUCCGGCCAGCUGGGCUUCGAGGUCGGCGCGGCCGUCGAGCUCGUGCGCAAGGGUAAUGCGCUGCUUGUCCACUAUAUCGAUGAGGCGGGCCAGCCGGUGCUGUUGCGCAAGGUUCCCUGGGUCUUCCUGGACGGUGAAGAACGGGUCUUGCCCGAGAAUGCCGGCGGGAGGGCGGGGGGUCCGGUAGCUUGGGUUGGAGCGUUUGCUGCGCGGCCGGACCCCGAGGGUCGGGCCGCGGACGAUGCACUUCUUGUCGGGUUUCGAGAUUUUGAAGUCGAGGCAGUCUGA